AAUUAAGGUGCUGGAUGCACGAUUAUCAGCCGAAGGCGGUGCUGCCAGUGCAAGUCUUCUUUCUCCUCUUACUUUUUGGCACUUUGACACUUCCCACGGAUAUUCGUUUCUGGAGAGAGAGAGAGAAAUGUCGACGAUUCCCCCUCCCUCCGCGUUCACAAUCUCAGUCUCCUCCCUCGCAACAACCAAGUCUAAAACCUUGGUUUCUUUCAGUCUUCCGAAUCGGUUGCGGAAUAGUCCUCUCUCCUCACGACGAUUGCUGUCCAGGAAAUUUUAUCGUGUUCAAGCCACGACUUUACAAGAGGAUGAGGAAGAAGUUGUUGUAGAAGAAUCUUUUCGUGCCAAAAGUUUCCCAGAAAAUGAGAUUAAAGAAGGAAUCGGGGAGACACAAAUGAAUUCACCAUCGAGUGUUUUGGAACAAUGGAUUAUCAAGAUUGAACAAUCUGUGAAUAUCUUCCUCACGGAUUCAGUAAUAAAGAUCCUUGAUGCAUUGUAUCACGAUAGAGAUUAUGCAAGAUUCUUUGUAUUGGAGACUAUUGCAAGAGUUCCAUAUUUUGCUUUUAUGUCUGUCCUGCAUAUGUAUGAGAGUUUUGGUUGGUGGAGAAGAGCAGAUUAUUUGAAAGUGCAUUUUGCGGAGAGCUGGAAUGAGAUGCACCACCUGCUUAUCAUGGAAGAAUUGGGAGGAAACAAUUGGUGGUUUGACCGCUUUCUUGCCCAGCAUAUAGCAUUCUUUUAUUAUAUUAUGACAGUCCUCAUGUAUGCAGUAAGCCCCAGAAUGGCAUAUCACUUUUCUGAAUGUGUAGAGAGUCAUGCAUAUGAAACCUAUGACAAAUUUCUCAAGGCCAAAGGAGAGGAGUUGAAAAUGUUGCCUGCUCCCGAGAUUGCUGUGAAGUACUACACUGGAGGUGACUUGUACUUGUUUGAUGAAUUUCAAACAUCUAGAGCUCCUCAAUCUCGAAGGCCAAAAAUAGAGAAUUUGUAUGAUGUGUUUCUGAACGUAAGAGACGAUGAAGGCGAACAUUGUAAGACAAUGAGGGCCUGUCAGACUCAUGGAAUCCUCCGCUCUCCUCAUUCAUACUCAGAGGAUGACCCUGAAGAGGAGCCUGAUUGUAUGGUUCCUCAAGCAGAUUGUGAAGGUAUUGUAGAUUGUAUACAGAAGUCUUUUAAAUCGUCCAACAAAGCGAAGGAAUGAGAUUCGAGGGUAUAAAUAGUAAAAGAGAUGCAUACAUAGAAAAGCAAACAGCUCCAAUACGUGAUUUUUUGGGGGAGAACUCCAAUCUAUGAUUUUGAUUCUUGAAUGGCAAAUAUUGGGAUUUUAGCUCAUUUCUACAGUUUGAUUCAUGACCAGUCUCACUUUUGUUGAAGAAUGGUGGAGAACAGAUAUAAAUAAAAAUGUUAAUUUUAU